AUGCGGUUUAUAAUAAGACAUUUAAUAAAGUGCUCGCCAACAGAUUUUAUAGACAUCCACAGCAAGCAUAUAAUGCACUAUGCUCAAGGAGGGUUCACAAAAUCCAGGGGCGCAGUGAUCAGAUUUUCAUAUUGGAAACUAUCAUUGAAAUUGGGGAAAAAGAAGGCAAGGCCACAUACUGCGCGUUUCUGGAUCUUAAAAGGGCUUUCACUCAUUGAUAGGAAGGUUUCGCUAGAAUUAAUGAUUAAGAGAAGAGUGUAUAGAAAACUAAUAGCUAUAGACGCAGCAAUGAUAAGUGAUGAGGAGAGACAUGUAACUAAAUUCUCAUUGGAGACAAAAUUGCAUAUAUAUAGAGCCUAA